AUCAACCUGUUCUUCAAAAGAACAAGUUCGGGAUGAAUUUACUUACCAAAACAAUGUUUACAGUCGAAAAUCUCAUUUGGUACAUCUAAGCCAAGCGUAAAAUAAUCUUAGAUUAGCGGUCAAGGCCGUCGAAUUAUGUGGAAUAUAAUAUGUGCAAUAUUAUACUUAAUAUGAAAAUAUGGCUACCGAAGAAAGGACGGAAGUGGACGCCCUUAUUAUGGAGCCAGUCUCGAAGUUCAGUAUGGUGCUAACUGGGUUUUCCAUUCUAUGGCGGUUUAUUUCUAUCUUCAUUAAUUGGCGCCUGGCCUACGAUUAUUGGAUGGAGGAAUCCUACGGGUACUUUGGCUGGACAGUAGGUUCAAUCUUGGUGCCCAUGGUAGUCACAUCGGUUAUAUAUAUACACACUUUAAAAGCCGCGGAUUCGGGUGAAAAACAGAUCUUGGAUAGGGGAGUCUACUCAAAUGUUGUGAUCUCAUAUCUUUUUCGGGAUUUCUAUGCUCUAAAAUAUGCUCUUAAGUAUUCCAAAGCAAAACGACAAAAUGAUCAUGAGAAGGAGAUCGGAUAUUAUCAAAAACUUAUGACGGAAGAGUGCAAUGUUGGCUUCGUUCGACUUUUUGAUUCAUUCUUGGAAUCUGCACCGCAGAAAAUAUUACAGCUCGCCAUAGUAUUUCGAUCAACAAAGCACAUUACAAACUAUCGCCUGAUUGCUUUCGUCGUCUACUUUGGAAGCAUAGCGUGGUGCAUCCAGGCGUACAACCGCUCCAACCGCCUGGUUCAAAUGGACAAACAUGACAUUGCGGCCAAGGGGCGGUUUCUCCAAUUUAUUUUCCUGCUUUGUCUUACUGUUUCGAGAACACUUUGCAUCGGAUAUGUGGCCAGUCUUUUCCCUAUCGAAACACUGACCAUAUGUGCGGUGCACGCAUGCUUUUGUGGCACUACUGUAUUCUUAGUGGACUCCCCAAUGAUCGCCGAAUCUCGAUUUAUGAACUACCUAUACUGUCUUUGCUUUGGCAUAGUUUACUUAUUUAUUUUUACUCCCGUUAAGGAUGCCCCAACCAAGUAUAAAUAUCUAUAUUAUCUUACAUUCUGCCUGUUGCAAAACACCUUCGCAUGUGUUCUAUUCAUUCCUUUAGAUCUUUCCAUUGCCAUUAUUGCCUUAUAUAUUCUCGGAAUUAUACUCAUAAUAAUCUACUACACAAAUUGCCAUCCCAAUACGAUACCAACUUAUUUUUAAAGUUGCUUGAAUUAUUUCGCAUGUGUUCUAUUUAUUCCUUUAGAUCUUUCCAUUGCCAUUAUUGCCUUAUAUAUGCUCGAAAUUAAACUCAUAAUAAUCUACUACACAAAUUGCCAUCCCAAUACAAUACCAACUUAUUUUUGAAGUUGCUUGAAUUAUUUUAAUAAAGAUUAAUAAAUUAUUA